GACUGCAAAGGGGUGGAGAGUGCUGAGCUCUUCCCCUCCUGGGCCAGCGUCUGAGUAGCACACUGGGUGAUAACUCUGAAGCUAAUUCUGCCUGUGGCUGGCAACAUGAAGGACGACGUGGCUCUUCUGGCUACCGUCACCCUCCUGGGAGUUCUGUUGCAAGGUGGGCCAGCUCCUGUCUGGGAGGUGAUCUCUGCGCGAAGGACUUUCCACGUGUCGCCGCCGCUCACCUCUGGCCCUCCCGAGUUCGAGCGCGUCUUCCGAGCCCAGGUAAACUGCAGCGAGUACUUUCCGCUGUUCCUCGCCACACUCUGGGUCGCCGGCAUCUUCUUCCACGAAGGCGCCGCAGCCCUGUGCGGACUGUUCUACCUGUUCGCGCGCCUCCGCUACUUCCAGGAAUACUCGCGCUCGGCGCAGCUCAGGCUGGCUCCCAUGUACGCGAGCGCGCGCGCACUCUGGCUGCUGGUGGCGAUGGCUGCACUGGGCUUGCUAGUCCACUUCCUCCCCGGCACACUACGGGCUGCGCUCUUCAGAUGGCUCCAGAUGCUCCUGCCGAUGGCCUGAGGCGAAGGACCUCCAAGUCAGCAGAACUGGAUAUCUUCGAACAAAACGCUUGGGUGCCCGCCUCCGAAUCCUAGUUUUUAAUUAAAGUUCCCACGACGGUCCCGUCUGCA